GGAUGUCAGGGCAGGAAUUUUAGGGAGAGGACACUCGGCAUGGGACAGACACAGUGCUGUUCCUCCAAGUGAGAUGUCUGGCAGGGUAGUGCAGUAACUCUGUUCCUGCUCUGGUGUCCCUUGCCUGGAUCCUAGCAGCACAGAGUGAAUUUUAGAGAGAUUAUUUGCUUUUCCACCCUCUUAGAUGCAUACCUAGAUAGAUGCAUAGAUGCUACAUUACUGGGAAGUAGAUAAUUACCUUUUCUUUGACAGUGGCAGGGGGGUAGUUUCACAGGGUGAAUCAGCAGGAAAAGAAUUCCAGAGUCCUUCCACUGUGUUUCAGAGCUUUAGGACAUGAUCCUCAGGCAGUCCUGAUUAAUUUAAAUUUGUGAUUGAUGUUUAUUUGUUUUCCUAAUCAGGCUUGAAUGAGGUCUACAACACCUUCAUGUCAUUCUACAUUUUUCACAUUACCACAGGCAGCAGUAGUAUCUGUAUAAAUAUCUUAGACAUGUACAGGGAAGCCUUUCAUUGUUAAAUAUGUAACAUUUAAGCAGAAGUCCAGAUACAGCCCUCAUGUAACAGUCAUACUAUUAACUGACUGAAUUGUUGGGAUGCACCUAUCCUGUACAUAAUUGUAGGAUUGUCAGGAAGUAAAACUUCAAAGAGAGGGGUUUGACAGUGUUGGGUGCUUUGGUACAAGCCUUGCAAGAGCCAUAAGCUUUGCUGUCUAACAGCUGGUGGGCCUGACAGGCAAGUUUCCCCAGAAUUGACUCAGAAGUGAUUCAGAGGUUAAAUGUAACACACUUGUUUAUAGUGUAUAAUAAUUGUCAUAGACUGAACUGAUUAAUGACCUAUCCUAAUCUAAUCUUUCUCCUUGGAAUUAAAAGUAAAUAUGUGGACAUUUAACUAUUUUAAAAUUGCUUUUAUCAUGUGUUUUGUUCUUACACUUGUAGGGGAUUUUUAACAUCUGGUAAGACUAUAAAGCCUGCACUCACUGAGGGAUAAAACACACUCCCCUCAGGUACUGAGCUGUGUUAGGCUGUGCAGGUGAGCCAAGUCAAAAGGGGGCUGUUCUCCUGCUCUCUUUUUCAUACCACAGCUGUUCUUUUAGAAAAUGAGAGAGUGGAGGUCUUGGAGCUUCAGAACUUUUGUUCAGGGAGUGCAGGAAGGAGUGAGAAAAGCCUGAAGUUGGAUGGGGCUUGGAGCAACCUGGUCUAGUGGAAGGUGUCCCUGCCCAGGGAAGGGGGUGGAAUGAGAUGAGCUUUAAAGUCCCUUCCAACCCAAAUCAUCCUGUGAUUCUGUGUAACUGCUGUGAUCAGAUCAGUAACACCCCAAAAAAUGUUGCAGAUCUAGAGAGGCAACCUGUGAAACUCAGAGAUCAGCAAUGUGAAUGUGAAAGAAGCAAGUGGUGAAUGGUGGCUGAGUAUCAUGAGGGAAGGGGACAUAAGGCAGCAAAAGAAAUCUGGGAAAAGUAUCUGCAAAAAUAGAAGCUUUGGUCAGCACUGUGGAAUUCCUGGUAUGAGAAGGCAGAGAGUCAGGGUAGAGAGAAGAUCCUUGCUGAGCUGCUGUAACCAUGAAGACAGUGAUUUUAAUCGUCCUGAUCAUCUUCUCUUCGCUCUCUUCAGGGAAGAAGUUCCGCUGGUGCACCCUGUCUGACCUGGAGCAGAGGAAGUGUGCCGAGCUGGCCAAGGCGCUCACGGCCGUGCUGCCCCUCGCCACUGCCACCUCCUUUGCCAGGAUUUCUUGCAUCAGAGCCCACAAUACCUAUGACUGCAUUGAUAAAAUCAGGGCAAAUAAAGCAGAUGCUGCUUCCUUGGAUGCUGGAGAUGUUUACUCUGCUGUAAAACUUUAUGGUUUGGCAGUGGUGGCAAAGGAGAUCUAUGAUCAAGGAAAUUGUGUGUUUGCUGUGGCCGUUGCCAAGCGAGGAACUCUGGAUAUCCAGAGGCUGCGAGGUGUGCGCAGCUGCCACAAUGGAGCCGGGUGGACAUCGGGCUGGAAUGUUCCAUUUGGCUUCCUCCUUGCAAGAAAUGACCUUUCCUGGGAUGAGGCACAACCUCUGAGCCAAGCAAUCAGUGAGUAUUUCAAUGCAAGCUGCAUCCCUGGGGUUGGUGUUGCUGCUCCUCGACUGUGUGCUCUCUGCCAAGGGCAAAAAUCCUAUGUCAGAGACAAGAACCACUUCUGUGAGACAAGCAGCAAUGAACCCUUCUAUGACUCUGAGGGAGCCUUCAGGUGCUUGAAGGAGGGAGUGGCAGAUGUUGCCUUUUUAGAUCAUCUAAGAAUUCUGAGUGCCACAGAGUCAGAAGAAGAGGAAUAUGAACUCCUGUGUCCUGAUGGGAGCACAGCUGAGCUGAGCCAGUACAGCACCUGUAACCUGGGCAAGGGGCCUGGCCGGGGCAUCGUCACCCGCAACAACUUCCUCAAGAUCACCAACAAAUUCCUCAGCAUGAUCCAACGCCUCUUUGGGCGAAAAGGGAAGGAAAGAGCCAGAUUUGAACUCUUCACUUCAGCUCCCUUUGGGGGAAAGAACCUGCUGUUCCGAGAUGCCACUCAGCACCUGCAGCUUCUCGAGGAGCAGCUGGAGCUUGCCUAUGUCCUUGGUCUGGAUUAUGUAGCUCUCCUUAAGGGACUGGGCCAUGAAGGGAGCUCUCUGGAGAACAGUGUCGUGCGCUGGUGCUGCAUCAGCGAUGCUGAGCUUCACAAAUGUGAGGAGUGGGCACUGAGCAUCAAAUCCGACCCCUUGGUCUGUGUCCAAGCAACUUCCAUGACCAAAUGCAUUGAAAUGAUCAAGAGCAGUGAGGCGGACGCGGUGACCCUGGACGCGACACACGUCUACAUCGCAGGGAGGUGUGGGCUGGUGCCUGUGGCUGCAGAGUGUUAUGGGGGAGAUUGUGCCCAAGCUGCUGAGAUCAUGGAGAAAACAGGAAAACUAAUUCAUGUUAAGCACAAAGCACUGCCACCUGUUUAUGCUGUUGCCUUAGCUAAGAAAAGUGCCAAACAGAUUAACAUCCAUAACCUCAAAGGAAGGAGAUCCUGCCACAGUCACCUGUACAGUCCUGCAGGAUGGUUACUGCUUUCCAGACACACAGUGGGAGCUCUGGGGAAUGAUACCCAGAACUGUGACAUUAGCUCUGCUUAUCAGAAUUACUUCUGGAAGGGCUGCAUGCCGGGAGCAGAGGGCAACAUGUGCAAGGUGUGCAUUGGGGACAGUGAGGUGGAAGGGGCCCGAGUCUCCAGCAGAUGUGCUGCAGGUCACAAUGAACAUUACUAUGGCAACAUGGGAGCACUCAGGUGCCUAGUUGGCAAUCCCAGUGGAAGAAGCUUUGGAGAUGUAGCUUUCCUGGAACACUCUAACCUGCUCCAGAACAUAGAAGAUCUGGACAGCUCUGGUUGGGCAAAAGGUUACAGUGCCCUUGACUUCGAGCUGCUGUGCCCGGACGGGACGCGCGCCGCAGUCACCGAGUGGCCGGGGUGUCACCUGGGCCCCAUCCCCCCCAGCACUGUCAUGACUCGCCCAGUCACUGUCACUAAGAUCCAUGACUUCCUGAUGCAAUCCCAGGAAUCUCUGGGAAGCAAAUUGGAUUCUGAAUUCCAGCUCUUUCAGUCGUGGAGGUUCGGUGGAAGUGAUCUGCUUUUCAAAGAUGCUACUCAGUACCUUGUUCCUGCAACUCACCUGAGCUAUCAGGAAAUCCUUGGAGAUUCUUUCAUCCAGCUGGCAGAAUCAGUGUUUAAUUGCACACCUGCAGGCAUCCUGGACUUCUGCAAACAGGAUAUCUGUGCAUCCUCAUCCAACUGACAGUGAUACAGAGGCUGUUCAAGGCAUGUCACCACAUCACCAUCAUUAUUGAAAACCAGGAAAUGUGCAAGUCCAACCCAUCCAAAGCAACCAGCAAGGAAACAGGCAUCUCUAGAAAUGUAUGCUGAAUACCUUCUUGUCUUUUUUUUUUUUUAAGCAGGUUUGAAGUUUAUGAUAAUGUAAAACUCCCCCUUUCCUGUUUGGGAACAGCACAGCCAGACACAGAAGUAGGAUCAGCAAUUUUCUACAACUGCUCUGGAGAAAUCAGCAUUUUUGUGGAAAUAGCAGGGCCAAUACCAUGGACUAAAAUACAGCCUGGCAUCAGUAGCACAGGUUAGUUGGUAGCAGUUUGCCUUGCUUGUCUUAUAAGGAGUUUCCAUGCAAACCCCCCCCCAGUCAACUGACAUUUUGGUAACUGCACAUUGCCCUCCUGUAUCUGUGAUUUUGGUUGCAGCCAGAUAGUCCUUGCAGAAUGCACACACAUGCCAUAGGCUGUAUAUGUAGUUACUAUCAGAGCAGUGGUCUUUUCUGCUUUUAACUGGGAAAAUGUAUUUGCUUUUUUAACCAAGGAUUUUUACUACUAAAUGAAACCAAUUUUUUUCUCACAAAUAAAUGUAUUAAGGCAUUUAAGA